AUGAGGGAGGAAGGAGGAAAGGGAGGAAAACAAAGAUUUAUCAUUCGCAUAGUCAUUUUAACGAUGCUGCAGGUGCACCUGAUGAGGGGUGCAGUGUUGCAUGCUGGGAGCAGGUCCUCCUGCAGCGUGGAGCGGUUCUUCUGCUCAGGACCCCACCUCAGCUCAUCUGCACGCCACGGAAACGACGCCCCAUCGAGCACGGAGGCUGACCGACCAAAAAUCCUCAUCACUGGAGGCCUCGGGCAGCUUGGAGUUGGGCUCGCCACAUUGUUAAGGAGACAAUUUGGAAAAGACAACGUGAUCCUGUCUGACAUCAGGAAACCCCCCAGCCAUGUCUGUGAAAAUGGGCUCCAUAACGUGUUAGACGUAGCCACCGAACAGGGUCUGCGUGUGUUUGUCCCCAGCACCGCGGGGGCCUUCGGCCCGCCCCCCCCCACGGGCCCCGCCCCCCAGCUGUGUGUGCAGAGGCCUAACACCAUCUGUGGAGUCUCCAAAUACUACCACCACCGGUUUGGGCUGGACUUCCGCUGCCUCCGGUAUCCCGCCGUAAUCUCACCCGAUGGAGGAGGAACCGCGGGAGAACCGGGAGGCCGGACAAACGUCCAUUUCACCGCCUACGCCGCCCAGAUCUUCCACGCCGCGGCCCCGGAGGACGCGCUGAUCCACCGCACCUACAACCUCAGCGGCCUGAGCCUCACGCCUCAGCAGCUGGCCCAAAGCAUCCGGGAGGAGCUGCCCGGCCUGGAGGUCUCCUACAACGACAGCGCUGCCCGGCGGGACUGGGGCUGGAAACCUAAGUACGACCUCCCCCUGCUGGUCCAGACCAUGCUGGCUCACGCCCGUCAGACAGAAGCCAACUGA